AUGGAGCCCGCGCCGGGCCACCACUGGGCGGAGGACCUGCGGGCCGUGCACGCGGACCUGCUGGCGCGGGGCCACUGCCCGCGCGUCGUGCUGCGGAGCCUCUGCGACUGGAGCCGCCUGAAGCUGCGCGUGGGCGGCGCGGGGGAGUGCGUCAUCGCGCAGCGGCCGGAGGACGCCGACGUGCUGGAGCGGUGGAUGGCCGCGCUGCAGCUGCCCUACCGCGGCCAGCGCCUGGCCGGCGCGGCCCACGAGGCCUUCGCGCACCUGCUGCGGGCCCAGAGGCUCACCCGCCCCGCCAACAGGCAGCAGGUGCUGGAGCGGCAGGAGCACCGGUGCGCCAAGUGCGGCGCCCCCAUCCAGGACGUGGAGGCGCUCUGCCUGGAGUGCCACCGCUCCAAGAGCACGCUGGAGCACGCGCAGGCGACGGGCCUCGAGAGCCGCUUCAGCCGCAGGGCCGUGGAGCUGUACGUCCACUCGCCGAGGCCGCCGCCGCUGGUCUGCCACCUGCACGCCUGCAGGGAAGACCGGGAGUGCCACGGGCUGGACGUGGUGCGGUGCCGCAAGAACGCCCUGGCCAACGCGGCCUUCCCGCUUCCGGUCUUCUGCCCGCUCGACAGCGUGGAGCGCGCGGAGGAGGGGCGCCUCGCCGACUUGACCUACGUGCGCCUGCGGCGCGACGGGCGCUGCGGCGCCCUGUCGAGGCUGCCCUACCUGGGCCCGGGCUGGUACUCGAAGCCCGCGGCGGCCUACAUGCUGGAGCGGGGCAUUGCCGCGUGGCAGGACUUCGAGUGGUCAACAGACGCCACCGCGCACGUGGAGCCGCGGUGCCUCGCGGAGGCGCUGAGGGCCAUGGAGGACGCGUGGCCGGAGGAGGAGGAGCACUACGCGAAGCUCUCCGUGAACGCCCUCAUCGGCCUGUGGGCGCGGAGCCGCGAGUCCGCCUUCCACGUGCGCACCAGCAACAGCGAGCUGGACGUGGCGGGCGCGGACUACCGCCAGUGCUUCGCCGACGCGAAGGGCCAGCUGGUCUACGACUACGUCUACGAGACGCCCGUCGUCAGCAACGGCAGCUACAGGCCCGCGCACGACUUCGUGAUGGCCGCGGAGCACGUGGCGGUCGCGCGCCUGCUGCACGGCCUGCGCGCGGUGCCCCACCGCACCCUGAAGGCCGUGAAGACGGACUGCAUUGUGUUCCAGGACCUGGCCAAGAAGCACUGGCCCACGGUGCAGGAGCUCACGCAGCUGGAGCACCGGGACGGCAGCCGCGUCUACCGCUGCGAGGCCGUGGCGCCCCUGCCGGAGCGCCCUCCCUGGCGGGACAUCGGCGCGGAGGGCGCGGAGGAGCACUGCCUCGCGAACCGGAGCCUGCUGCUGACGGGCAUGCCGGGCGUGGGGAAGACCUACCUGGCCAAGCGCAUCGUGGCGAGGCUGCGGGAGGCGGGCAAGGCGGUGCAGAUCAUCUCCAAAACGCACUGCAGCGUGCAGAACCUGGGCAUGGGCGCGCAGACGGCGGAGAUCUCCCAGCUGGACUGCGGCCUGUGGGCCGACAUCGCCUGCCUGAGCCUGAACGGGGACGUGCGCUUCCUGCUGCUCGGGGACUUCCGGCAGCUGCCCGCGGUGCUCGACUCCUUCGCGGGCGCGCCCGUGAAGAAGGAGCUGCGGGACAGCGACCUGCUGCACUGCCUCGCGGACGGCUGGCGGCUGGCGGCACGAGCUCACCGAGUGCCUCUGCACGUGGCCCUGGCGGCGGCGCGCCGCGACUUCCCGCGGCGGCCGGGCACGCAGCCCGACGUCUGCCUGGUCAUCUCCCACGCGCGCCGCAUGCAGCUGAACGAGCACCACAACCGGCGCCUCGCGCCGCCGGACGCGCUGCUGGUGCCCUACCGCAGGGAGGCCGAGGGCCCCGUGGCCACCAACGAGCCGCAGACGAUGCGGCUGUGGCCGGGCCUGCGCCUGGUGGGCGCGGGCGGGCGCAUCGCCAAGGGCGCCUUCGUGACGGUGAAGGAGGUCUCCGAGGACAAGGUGACGCUGGAGAGCGGGCAGAGCUACGCGCCGGGCACGCUGCUGCACGCGGCGCGCCUGGCGCACGCGGUGACGUACGCCAGCGCGCAGGGCCUGACGCUCCAGGGCCGCGUCUGGCUCUACGACGCCGGAACGCAGCACUUCAACCUGAAGCACCUGUACACGGGCAUGAGCAGGGCGACCAGCAGCGAGCUGCUGACGCCGCGCGAUGGCGUGGUGCCGCGGGUGCCCUGCACCGGGAUUUUCCUGGGGCCGAGCAAGAGCGGCAAAACGGUCGCGUUGAUCAGCGCGAUCCUGGAGCAGUACCGCACGGCGGACGGCUCCAGCGUUUUCGAGCGCAUCUACAUUUUUUCGCCGAGCAUAGAGGUGGACGACGGGUGGAGGCCCGUGAAGGAGUUCAUCGAGAAGGAGAUGGGCGUGAACACCGAAAGGGAGCAGGUCUACUUCGACAAGUGGGACGAGGGGGCGCUGCGCACCAUCAUAGAGCAGCAAAAGAAGGUCACCAGAACAUCCAAGCAGCUUGGCCUCAAAAAGCUCUACCAGGUGCUCAUCCUAUGCGACGACUUUGCGGACCAGCCGGAAUUGCACCGCAGGACGGGAGACGGCGCCUUGGACACGCUGUUCAUCCGCGGGCGCCACCUGCAGAUCAGCACCUGGGUAUCCUCGCAGAAGCUGCGGCUCAUCAGCGCCGCCGUUCGGGUGAACAUGCAGUUCAUCUGCAUCUGGCGGCUCCGGAACCAGCUGGAGCUGGAGGCGGUGCUGGAGGAGCUCAGCGCCCUGCUGCCCAAGCAGGAGCUCCUCCAAAUGUACCAGGAGGCCACGAGGGAGCCCUACAGCUUCUGGUUCAUCUACUACCUCAAGGACAAGGCGAACAUGUUCUACAAGCGCUGGGAGGAGCGUUUCGUGCUGGACGGCGCCGAGGAGCCCGCGGAGGCCGCGGAGCCCCAGCAGCCGGUAAAUGGGCGGCUUCCUGUCGGCGGCGGCCAGCAAGCUGCUGGGGGGCGGGCCGAUCAUCGAAAGCGAGUGCAGAACCGCGUCUCGGGCUCUGACAGCAACUUCACCUUCGAGCUCCCGGAGACGCUGCACAUGCAGACGAGCGCCAAAAUGGCGGUCUACAAGGUGCGCAUCGCGGACGCGUUCCUGAGCACCGACAGGGGCACGCACCUGUACUGGAUCGACGUGGCGCUGGGCACGCUGAACACGGCGGAGCUGCCCGUGGGCGCCUACACCGGCGCGCGGCUGGCGGCCUGGAUCUCCUCCAACUUCGCGGCCGCCACCUACGUGGAAGCCACGAACGCCAUCGAGGUGGCCUUUGAUUCGAAUCGCCGCAUACUCUCGGACGCGGAGCUGCGGGACCUGUUUCCGAACGGUCCGGGGUACCCCCAGGGCGCCUCGGCCACCCGCCCGCAGAGUCUCAACCACCUGCUGGGCGGCAGCUACCUGGACGGCGCGCUGCAGAUCUUCCCCUGGGUGUCCAUGAACGCCUACAACGAGGUCUACCUGCGGUGCCGCGAGCUGGGCAACGCGGCCCACGUCCUGGGCCCCUUGGGGACGGACAUAAUUUGCAAGGUCAUCGUGGACCGCGGCGUGGGGCACGUCAUGAAGGACCAAACCGACGACGGGCACUUCGUGGAGCUCAGGGGCCCGAUCACGCUGCGGUCCCUGAAUUUUCGGCUGAUGGACGUGAACGGCAACGAGGUGAACACCCGAGGCACGUCCGUCAGCUUCGCGAUUUUCCUCGGCGCUCCGGAGGCAGCAGGCGCGGAGGAACCUGUUGGAGCAGCCGAGCUGGUGGGAGAGGCUCCUGCAAUGGCUGAUCCCGCCCCCGCUCCCCCUCCCACACCUCGCGCUGGGGUGGUGGCCGUGCCCACCGCUGAGGACGCCGGAACACCAGCGCCCAAGCGCAGGGGGAGGCCGCCCGGUUCGAAGAACAAGCCCAAGCCGCCGCCGAAGACGGUCCCCGCCGCCGAUGCUGGGGGAGGCGGUCAGCCGCAGCCGGCGAGCGCGGUUCCUGCUGAGCCGCAGCCCGAGCAGGAGCCGGAGCCGAAGCAGCGCCCCGUCCACCUGACGCCCUCGCAGGUGCGCAUGAUGCGCCAGAUCAGCCGGCAGAUGAUGCCCCUGGAGCGCCGCAACGAGCCCCAGAUGCUCAGAAGCUUCUGGCAGAAGUACCCGAGCUACAACCUGAACCCGCUGCUGCACAAGCGCUACAACGAGCUCCUGGAGGCCAGGGCCUUCAACAAGUGGCUCGAGGAGCGCCGGACGCGCAAGGAGGGCGAGGAGUACACCCACGCGGUGGGCCGGCUGACGGAGGCCGUGAACCGCCGGGUGCCCCAGCUGCGGUACGCCCCGGCGGAGCGGGCGGGAGUGCGGCGGAUGGCGAGGGACGUCGCGGCGGGCAGGAACACGGCGGACAGUGCUGGGUACAUCGAGGAGGGCGAGCCCCUGGCCAUCGGGCUCCCGAACCGGAAUGCCUCCAUCUACAUGAGCUCGCACUUCAGGCUGGACGACUUUCCCGCGUCCAGCGAGCCCCUGAGCGACGAGCCCCUGCCCCACACCCACCUGAACCCCGCGGAGGCCUUCGAGGACGCCCGCGAGGAGGACGGCUACCGGGGCACCCCGUUCCCGCGCCGGGACUUCCUGCGCCCCAGGCCCUUCGACGCCGACUCCGACAGCGACCUGGGAGCGGACCCCGGCCAAGCGCUGAGGCAGGACGGGCUGGCGCUGCCCGACGCCGGGAGCCUGGGAGACCGCGUGCUGGGCGGGCUGCAGAGGGCGGAGGCCGCGGCCGGCGCGGCGGCGGGCGCGGUGGGCUCCGUGGCCUCCAUCGCGGCCCACUCCGGGGACCUCUACCACCACGGGCUGCGGGGCCGGCAGUGGCUGGACCGCACGCUGCGCAUCCCCAGGACGCCGGAGGGCCUGGCGCCCCCACCGGACGAGGUGGCGCCGCCGGAGAUCAUCGGCCCGCCUAGCGAGGUGGAGCCGCUGCUGGAGCGGGCGGGCCAUCGGGCCGCGGAGGUGGAGCGCCAGGCGGCGCAGGACAUCGAGGCCUUCACGCAGGGCCAGAUGGCCGAGGCGGAGGCCGAAGGCUUCGCUUCCGCGGCGGAGGCCGCGGCCUCGGGCGCCGAGGCGGCGGCGGCCGCGGAGGCCGCGGGGGGAGGCGCGCUCGCGGCCAUCGGCUCCGACCUGGCCGCCGCGGGGGAGGCGGCGCUGCCCGUGGCCGCCACGGUGGGCGCGGCGGCGGGCGGCCUGGCCGUGGCGGGCGCGGGAGCGGCCCUGGUGGGCACCGCCUGGGCGCUGCACGGCGGCAUGAUGGCGGCCGAGCACUUCCUGGGCUGGGGCGAGGGCGGGGGAGGCACGGACAGCGACCAGUCGAGGCCCAGCUCCGCAGGGGACGUGCAGACGCUGAACGGCGUGCAGGAGGCGGGCGUGCAGCAGCACUUCUCGCUCCGGGAGCAGCGGCCGUGGCCGCAGGUCUUCAGGAUGGACGCGGACUCGGAGGCGGAGCCGAGGGCCCAGCCGCCCCCGAGGCUGCAGAGCCGGCAGGCGCGGCAGCCCGCGCUGCCCUUCGGCCUGAACCCGGGCGCGUCCAGCAUGCCGAUCCCGCAGGGCCGCUCGAGCGGCUCCGACAGCUCCGCCGCCGGCAGGCAGAGCCGAGCGACCUCGAACUGGCGUGAACGCAAAAGUACAAAGCGAGACACGCGCGAAGAAGCGAUGGACAACGUCACCCAAGCCGUUCAGGAUGAGCUCAUGCAGAGCUUGGAUUACAAGCUCCACACGAGCAACGUAAACUACGUGCAGAGCCGCCGUUCGGUGCAAUAUUUUCCGAGCUCCUUGAGCACCUUCACGCCCACGACCAGCCGCGUGGCCAGGAUCCCGCUGACCAGCGGAAUGGACUUCAUCGACCCUGAAAGCGUGAAGAUUGGUUUUCGGGUGCGGAACACCGACGGAGGGGGCGGGCAGGUGACGCUGGACAGCGCCCUGGUGGAAUCGUUCCUGUAA